GGCCUGGCCGCCCUGGCACAAAAAACUUGGACUCGACUAGGGCAAGGGGGGUCCCCCGUAGCCUGUAGCUCGUAGGGCGGGGCAAAUCGCGAGUUGCACUUUUCAGCUUCUAUCGCCGGUUCGGUAUCUUUAUUACAUACCUAUACCUUAAUUUUCAUAUGAUUCUUUUUUAACCUUUGUACGUUCUAGGUAACUUAGACUCUCUUCUUUUCCCACCUACCCGGUAUCGUUCGGGUUCCAUCCCAACCUAAAACCAGACCAGACCAAACCCAGUUUCGCUUCGACUUUACUUUUCCCACCCCUUGACAAAAAAGACAAACCAAACCAAAAAACCUAAGGUAAACAAGAAAUUUCCAACAAACAGACCUUGCACCAUGACGGCGAAGACACUUCGCCCACGACAUCCGACUUGAGAAUGGGGUAAUACGAGCUGGUGGGCUGCGCCGGAUAUGAUCAGAGGCACUAAGCAGCGUCGUCAGCAACAAGCAGACACACCAAGCAACCCGGUAGUAUCACCUCACACUCAUAAUGGACCCCGUCUCUGUUCAUUUCCCACCGCCGCCGCCGCCGCAACCACCACCGCAGCAGCAGCAACAACAGCCCCCGCCUCCGCCGCCUCCCCCUACCUCCCAUCCUCCCGCGGCACCCGACGAUCCGUUAUCGCGCGAAAUUCGACAACACGACCAUCACCGACAACAGCAACCGCACCAUUUCCGUGUUCCUACGUUGUCGGCGCAUCCGAAUCUCGACUUAUCCACCCUCGAUACGACCGACCCUGCCGUUUUCCAACAGCACCUCCAGCGUUUACAUGCCGUACCUACUGUUCCCGUCGUUCAGGGAGAUUAUGCUUCGCAUCCUCAAGAUGGGUUUGAUCGUGAACCGAAUGCAGCUCACAUGCUACAGCACACCCAUAAUCAGUCGACAUCCGACCUCCAUCGAACCCCACACCAACAUCAUGCUCCUCUCCCGCCCCCCGCGCAUGGUCAAUUCGGUAUCUUAACCCAGGGCGCCAUGCCUCAACCUAGUACUAUGCCACAGCUUCAGCAAGAGGAGGAUUUAUUCACUGCGCCUGGGCAACCCGCGUCUUCGGCACCUGACGGCUCCGAGCAGAGACCUCAUGGUCAAUUGGUCAAUAGAAUAGUCGUUGAUCCACCUGACCUUCAAGCUUGGCGGGAGAAGUUAUUUAAUGUUGACGAUACCAUUAUCUUGACCAAUGACGAAUUCGAGACAUACUUUCCCCAUAUCGACAAUGUCUACUCACACCGAUCUACGCAGAAGUAUAAGCGCAAGCCAUUUGUCUCACAUUAUUGGGAUUGUCGAAUGAAGGGGCGCCCACCCGGGACACCCAAAUCGGACGAUCCUUCUAAGAAGAAACGGAAACGUAGUGCACGCGAAAGAGAUCUAUGCGACGUUAAGAUUAAGAUUACCGAAUACUUCCCAGGAGCCACCAUUCUUCCCAGUGAUGGGGACCCAGGUCUCAAUCUCGCUCAAUCAAGUGCAUUCCAAUCUCCACAACAACAAAUCUUUAGCGAUGGUAUACCACGACCCGUAGAUGCUCGUCUAAAUGGAGAGAAGUUCUGGACUAUACAACGAGUUAAUGGCAAUGGUGGAAAUGGGAAGGGCGAUGGUGUCGCUGGCCCUCAUAAACACAGCUUAGAAAAGAGCGACGAGAUUAAGAAGUCCACGGUACAGAGGUACAUUGCCGCACAGGAGAAAGAGGCGAAGAAGAUUCAGAAACCGGUACCAAAGAAAAUGUCUGGAGCCGCACUUACAACAGCUAAGAAACAUUCGAAAGAGUACGACCUGAAACUUUACGCCGCUUGCUUUUGCCCCUUUUCCCAACGAGUAUGGAUCGCCCUCGAGGCAAAGGGUAUGCAGUAUCAAUACAUCGAGACAGAUCCAUUCAAACGCCCGACCCAACUCCUAGAAGCAAACCCUCGAGGUCUCGUCCCCGCCAUUAGAGAAGGCGAAUGGGCAAGCGGCGAAAGUACCAUUAUCCUCGAAUACCUGGAGGACCGCGACCGGACGGUACCUCUCUUCCCCACAGAUCCAAGGCUGAAAGCGAACUGUAGAUUGUGGAUCGACCAUAUCAAUGCGAAAAUCGUGCCCGCCUUCUUCGCUCUGGCCAGGGCGACCGACUUCACGAAACAAUCCGAAUAUGCGGAGAAGCUAAGAGGUGAUAUUACGGCGCUCGUACAGGCUGCUGACGAAAGAGGCCCGUACUUCCUCGGCGGUGACUUGUGUCUCGUGGAUAUCCACUUCGCGCCUUUCGUUCUUCGCAUGUCGCGUAUACUCCGCGAGAUUCGCAAUUGGGGUGAUCCGAUGCCGGGGACUCGUUGGCAGCAGUGGACAGACGCUCUCGAGCAGAAUCCGCAUAUCCAAGCUACGACUAGUCAAAAAGAGCUUUACAUAGAGACCUUGGAUCUCUUUCUUAAUAGCAGUAGACCGCCCACGGGCGAGCAACAACAGCAGUCACAGACACACUACGGAUCUUGAUAAAAGUUUGGCGUAUCAGUAAAUUGGUUUAUCUUAUUUGAUCUUACACUUCUAUUCUAGAUAUAUAUUUAUUUAUUGGAUUUAGGUCGGGGAUGGAUAUGAUGAAGAGAUAUGAUUAUUACUUGGCUAACGGGAAGAUUUAAUAUCCAAUGGAUCAAUGUGGAGUUCGUGGUUAAUACAAUACAUAUCAGGGGAUGACGGGCGUGGUUGGGGUGACACGUACAUACACUGGGGAAAUUGGGGUGAAAAUGGACGGAGACGGAGAUACAGAUGAAUAACCUCGGAUGGGGAGAAGAGAGGUGUCGAUGCGGAGAGAGUGUAGUCUCGGCUGACACGCUCUUGAGUGAGAAGAGUGGGAGCAUAAAUUUUGAUAUGAAUAUACUAGGACGUUGAGACCUUGGA